CUGCUGCUGCUGCUGCUGCUGCUGCUCGGGGUGUCCCUCGGAGGUACCAAGGAGGCAUGCCCCACAGGCCUGUAUACCCAUAGUGGCGAGUGCUGCAAAGCCUGCAACCUGGGCGAGGGUGUGGCCCAGCCUUGCGGAGCCAAUCAGACCGUGUGUGAGCCCUGCCUGGACAGCGUGACGUUCUCCGACGUGGUGAGCGCCACCGAGCCGUGCAAACCGUGCACCGAGUGCGUGGGCCUGCAGAGCAUGUCGGCGCCCUGCGUGGAGGCCGACGACGCCGUGUGCCGCUGCGCCUACGGCUACUACCAGGACGAGGACACGGGCCGCUGCGAGGCGUGCCGCGUGUGCGAGCCGGGCUCGGGCCUCGUGUUCUCGUGCCAGGACAAGCAGAACACCGUGUGCGAGGAGUGCCCCGACGGCACCUACUCUGACGAGGCCAACCACGUGGACCCCUGCCUGCCCUGCACCGUGUGCGAGGACACCGAGCGACAGCUGCGCGAGUGCUCGCGCUGGGCCGACGCCGAGUGCGAGGAGAUCCCUGGCCGCUGGAUUACAAGGUCAACGCCCCCGGAGGGCUCAGACAGCACAGCCCCCAGCACCCAGGAGCCCGAGGUGCCUCCAGAACAAGACUUCGUAUCCAGCACGGUGGCAGAUGUGGUGACUACAGUGAUGGGCAGCUCCCAGCCUGUGGUGACGCGAGGCACCACCGACAACCUCAUCCCCGUCUACUGCUCCAUCCUGGCCGCUGUUGUUGUGGGCCUCGUGGCCUACAUCGCCUUCAAGAGGUGGAACAGCUGCAAGCGGGACAAGCAAGGAGCCAACAGCCGGCCGGUGAACCAGACGCCCCCACCCGAGGGAGAAAAACUGCACAGCGACAGCGGCAUCUCUGUGGACAGCCAGAGCCUGCAUGACCAGCAGCCCCACACACAGACGGCCUCAGGCCAGGGUGAGCAGCAGGGCAGGCAGGGAGAACAGGAGUGA